AUGGGUUCCCUUACCGAGAGCCAUGAACCUUCCAAGGCGGCUCAACGACUUCGGGAGUUACUGGCAGAUCCGGAUCAGAUCAUCGUAGCGCCAGGUGUUUAUGAUGGCAUUUCGGCCAGAGUCGCCUUGUCGCUGAAGUUCGACGUGCUCUACAUGACCGGAGCUGGGACAUCAAUGUCACGUCUGGGCUGGGCAGAUCUGGGAUUGGCAACGCAACACGACAUGACCGAACAGGCAGAGAUGCUAGCUAAUCUGAAUCCGUCUGUGCCCGUGAUUGCCGACGCCGAUACAGGCUACGGAGGCCCGAACGCAAUUGCUCGAACCGUGUCUAAGUAUGCACGGGCAGGGAUUGCUGCGUUCCAUCUUGAGGACCAAGUCCAGGAGAAGCGAUGCGGCCAUCUACUUGGCAAGGAAAUUGUCUCUCGGGAGAUCUUCUACAGCAGAAUCCAGGCAGCAGUGAAUGCGCGGAAGGAAUUGGGCUUGGACAUUCUGAUCAUCGCCAGAACAGAUGCGAGACAGAGUUAUGGGUUCGACGAAGCGCUCGAACGUCUUCGCCGAGCCGCUGAAAUCGGCGCCGACAUUGUGUUUCCCGAGGCUAUGGCAUCGAAGCAGGAGGCGGCAGACAUGGUUCGGCUGAUGGGUCAGACACCUUGUCUAUUCAACAUGGUGGCCAAGGGAGUCACGCCCGAGGUCUCCGUGCGCGAAGCCAAAGAGAUUGGUUUUCGCAUCGUGAUCUACCCAGUCGUUGGAUUUGGCGGUGCCAUCAGGGGCAUCAUGGAUGCAAUGACGACCUUGAAAAACGACGGGCGAGAGCCGGAGGAUCUUUUAGGUGUCAAAGAUGCUUUUGCCUUGUGUGGUCUCAAUGAGUGCAUUGAGCUGGAUAAGCGGGCCGGUGGUACUGCUCUUAGAGAGUUAUGA